AUGGUACCGCUCCAACUCAGCCAGCGGGCCUGGACACGCUCGACUGCACACGCGCGUCGACUGCAUCAGCCCGAGAGCGGCCGACAACGAGCACGCACAAUCAAUCGACAGCGACGGCAGCCCACAACUCAGCACACGCUGCACUCCCCCGCCGCGCCGCUCGUCGCCUGCGUUUUGCUUCUGCUGGCUGGGCGAAACCGACUGGCACAAAGGCCAUUGCCGCCAGCUGGCCAGGGGGUUCCUGAGCGCACCGUCGAGCCCUGCAGUCACAGCAUCCCUCCGAACUCAUCGCGAACCACGCCGUCCAGGGCACAGAACAGCCACCCCCGCCUAGGCAUAGCGGCUGCUGCUUUGAUUAUCCCCAUCAAUCGGGGCCCGUCUGCCGCGACUGGCCCGCCCUGGCUCGACGCAGAGCAUCGUCGUCGACCCGGCGUCCCCUGCGAAGCCAAUGUGGCCAUGUCAGCAGCGCCCUCGUCGUCCUCUUCGUCCUAUGUAAUCAAGCAUCAAUUUGGUCAGGUACAAGCCACACUGCACAGACACACGUCUUGUUCCUGGUGCGUGCAGCUUCUAGCUACGCCCUCACCAGGCCGCCACGACGCUUGGGGCAUCGCCAGAUGA